CAUUGACACUCACUGUAUAGCAAAACAAAAGUCCAAAAAUUCCAAUUCGCCGUAGCUAGCGGUUUGCGAUCAUACACACAUAUGUCACCUACAUACGUACAUAUGAGUGUGUAGCCGCCGCUAGCUAUUGGUUUUUGCAUACAAGAGUUUGUUAUUGUUUUUUUGCUGAAUGCAGCCAAUAUGCCUGUUGAAUAGGCUGCAGUGACGACGGCUACGUCAUUAUGUUUAUUAUGUUUGCGCCCUUUAACUCGACCACACCGUGACAAGUGAAGAAAAAAGAAAUUUUGUACAUUUUAUAAAAAGUAGAGAAAUCAAGUCAAAUGUGUAUACAAAAAACAAUCUAAACAUACAGUGGUGUCAAAAAAAAGAGUACAUAAAAACCUGAAACAAAAGUUAAAGACAAAUACAUGUGAAUAAAGAAAAGAACACAAAAUACUUACCUCUUAACUAAAUGAAUUUAUACAUAAAUACCUGGAAAAGAAAAAACUAAUCUAGAAUUGCACUUACCCCAUGUGUUAUUUACCUACCUAUAUACUUACCUACAUAUAAAUAUACCUACCUACAUACUUACCUUGUAACCCAAAAAUAAAUAACAAAAAGCAAGAAGCUAUUUACGCUGUGGAAUAAUAUGCUUACCCAAAUGUUCAUAAUUCUUAAAUAAUUCUUAAAGCUACUAUUGUCCAGUGAUUAAAUCUAAUUAAUAAGGCAUCUUUUAUACUCUAUUGCACGUACCCAUUGGUUAUACUUACUCAUCAAUAAAUCUGUGAACUGAAAUCUAAAAGUGGCAAUUGGACAUACUUUGAAAAGGCAAAAUAAAAGGUUUGACCGAUAACAUUUUGGUCCAUUCGAACCGAAUUGUGUUUUGUGAAAUAAAAUACCGUGAUAGAAAAUUGAAAAAACAAAAUUUUGUUAAUAAAAAAAAAAUGUGCUUUGUACCUACCAAAAACCUGUGAGAAUAAAGCAAAGAAAAUCUGAGGAAAAAAAGAAAAGUUAUAAAUGCAAAAGUGGUUUGUGAGUGUUGGUGUACUUACAAAAAAAAGAAAGACAAAGAAUUUUUUUUAACCAAGAACAUUGUGAGGUUUGCCAAGAUCAAUUGAUUUUUUUGGUGUGAAAUUUUUUAAUAAAACUAAAACUUUGGAAACAAAAUUUUUAAACGGUGCUGCGCGCGUUCGUGACAAAAACACACACACAGACUAAAAACAACAACAUUUUCUUCAAUUUCGUGAACUAGGAAGGUUCUCGAAAAAUCUGGGGUUAUACCGUUACAACGGUCUGCUAAUUCAGCCACGCAUCCAAAGGGAAAAGCAGACGGACACACAUACACACAAACACCCAAAUCUCUAUAUACCAAAGAAUGGCAGCAUAUUUGCCCUGGCCCGAAGACGAGCGCCAACAAGGCAGAGAGGGACGGGAUCGAAAUGACCGAAGAGCGGAACCCCGGCCCCAACGAAAUCAGUCUCGGAAUCGUGAUCACGAUCGCGAGCAUGUAGAUCGGCGCGGAAGACCCACAACCUGGCAGUACUCUUGCGGUCUCUGCCAAGACGAUCACGCGUUAAGUACAUGCCGCCGAUUCCGGGACCAGACCCCAUACCAGCGGUAUGAGACGGUGGAGCGUCGCGGGUAUUGCCGCAAUUGCUUGGCUCGUAGUCAUCUCGUUCCCGAUUGCCAGUCUGUUGCAGGCUGCCGUCGCUGUGAGGUACGACAUCACACCCUGCUGCAUGGGGCACCGCAGCUCGAAAACAUGGAGAGGCCCGCAGAUGAUUUUGCACUCGCCAAUAACGCUAGACCCGCACCAACAGCAUCCCCACCCUUUAGGUGGGAUCUUGUUUUCGUGCCAACUGCCAUGGUACGAGUAGCAGAAGACGGGGUGGAUACUUGGGCCACAGUGCGAGCAUUGAUCAACCAAGCGGCUACAAUGUCUCGGCUGGCCUAUUCUACAUUCCGGCGACUUGGCUUACGAUCAUUCACAUACCAGGGCCACAGGUUCACAACCUUCCGGUUAAUGCACCGCAGACCAAAUAGCAACUGGGCACUUAAGGUGAAUGCCCUUAUCACAGAUGCGUUACCAUUUCGACCCUACUCAGAACCUCUAUUGGAGGACCCGACCCGUGAUCUAGCACCGGAUACCCUUGCAGAUACAGACCCUAGAGCCAAUACUUCGAUAGAUUUAGAGUUGGGCGCUGACGUUUACCCGAGACUUCAGAGAGAUGGUCAUGUUUUUGCCGGAAUCGGAGAUGUCAACGCCUUCCAGACAACACUCGGCUAUGUCUUCGUGGGCCCUAUUAGAAAUAUGCAUAGACACUAA